AUGAAAAAAGAGCAGUCCUCGUUUUUGUCAUCUAUGCAAUCAUCGCUUCAAGAAAUUAAAUCUCAGUACACCAAACUGCAAGAAUCCGUCGAUUUCACAUCCACUAAGUACGAUGAGGUGAUAAAUAAAAUGCUCCAAUAUGAGGCUGAAAGAAAGGAAACUAACACCUACAUUAAAAAACUUGAAGACCGAGUGGAUCAACUAGAAAAACUAGCAAAAAACACCUGCCUAGAAAUAAAAAACAUCCCAAAGAAUUCUAAUGAAACCAAAAUGGACCUCGUGAACGUGGUCUUAAGCAUCAGCAAAGCCCUCGAUGCCUCGAUAGCUCAAACCGAAAUCAAGGAUGUCUUCAGGAUCCAUUCAUCUACGGCUAUGAAUAACACCAUUAUAGUGGACCUCACAACGGUUGUAAAAAAGGAAAUCAUAUUGCAAGCUGUUAGAACAUACAAUAAAGCGAACAGAGAUAAUAAACUGAAUACCUGCCACUUGCAUAUCAAUGGACCGAAACCCCCAGUAUACAUCUCAGAUAAUUUGACUAUGAAAACACGGAAAUUAUUUUUCCUGUCUGGAGAAUUCGCUGCACUACAUCACUUUAAACACUGUUGGACAGCCCAUGGCAAAGUGUACAUUCGCAAAGAAGAUGGGGCGAAACGAUAUUGCAUUAACUGUGAAGGAGAUUUUUCCAAGAUUCCUGAAAUAUGA